AUGCCUAAGAAACCGCGGUACAACUGUAUCUCCAACGCUGCCACUGAACAUGUUGCUGAGACUGCCGAAAGUUCUUCGGAGGAUGAAGAUUAUGAUCCCGAGGCUGAUGAGGUUGACUCAUGGGAUGAUUACGUUGAUGACUUAUAUGCUGAAGAAGAAGCUGUACCCCGGAACAAGUCCAACGGUCGCAAGAAUACAGAUUAUUGGAAUGUUGUUGUAAGCGAUGAUGGCAUCACAAGAACGAUGAGUUUGAGCGUCAGAGAGGCCAUAGUUCUUCCACCUAGCAGAAAAAUACUUUUGGAGUUUAAUGAAGAGUUGCAACCGAUCGGUCAGGCAGCUGGAUUAUUGAGUGGGUUUCUAGGGAAUCUGGGUGAUGACUUUCAACAUUUUCCCAUCAAUGAAGACAGUUGGAAGACAAUGGACAAAGCUUUAAAGGAACAUGCAUAUGAGACAAUUAAGCGCACCUUCCUGUAUGAGGAGGAUGACAAGGGAAAAAUAAAGCGGGUAAUGAUUAAAAGGUUGGGAAAAAUCUGGAAGGAAGCAAGAAACCACUUGUUUCACAAGGUUUACGACGAGAAAGAGAGUUUCGAAAAAAUGUGCAAACAAAAUUCUCAGAAUCGGUCGAAGCAACUAUAUACACACACUGGGGGCUCUAAGACAACAGCAAGACUAAGGGAUGAAGAGGAGAAAAAACAGCAAAGGCGCAUCAGUAGAGGAGAGAUGUUUAUUAUGACUCAUAAAAAAAGGGAUGGCUCAUAUAUGAAUGAUGAUGCGCGUGUUGUUGGAGAAGCGAUUGAGAGUAUCGAGAGCCAAGGUGAAACCUCGAAGGAGAUUUCUGCUACUGAUUCACUUGCGCAAGUCCUUGGAAAGGAGCAUUCAGGACGAGUUCGGGGGUUAGGUUUUGGACCAUGUCCAAGCGAAAUUAUUCAUAAUACUCCACAAUCGACCCCUAGAGUGCAAAUUGAGGAGUAUCAGAGAGAGCUUACAGAAUUGAAGGAAGUGGCAGCAGAACAAAAGGCGGAGAUUACAGAAUUGAAGGCAGAAAAAGCAGAAGACAAGGCAAAGAUACAGAUCAUGGAGAACCUGGUGAAAUACAUCAUCCAACAGCAAGGACAUACUUUGCCACUUGAAAUUGAUGCACAGCUUAAGUCAUUGGGGGGUGGAGCAGAAUAG